AUGGCCAAGGGACCAGGCCAGCGGGGCCGACUUGGGCUGCUUGGAACUGCUCGGGCAGAUCUGCGUUUUCAUGAGAUCCAGAGGUGCUAUGAGAGCAGAAGGGUCCUGUUCAGGGUCACCUACCCAGAGGCUCAAGAGGACUCCAGCCAGGCUGCUUUAGAUGACCCCUGGUUGUUGGGUCAGCAUGGUGUGGGGUCUGGCUGUGGCCGUCCCAAAGGGCCCAGCUUCUGCUGGGACAUCACCUGCGGGCAGCCUCACGUGUCAAGUCUCAUCGUGGGGGACCGGGACACCCAGGACGGAGAGUGGCCGAGGCAGGCGAGCAUCCAGCACCGCGGGGCACGUGUGUGUGUGUGUGUGUGUGUGUGUGUGUGUGUGUGUGUGGGCUCGCUCAUCGCCCCCCAGUGGGUGCUGAUGGCAGCACACUGCUUCCUGAGGGCGCUGCCAUCUGAGUACCCCGUGCGCCUCGGGGCACUGCACCUGUGUCCUGCCUCGCCCCACGUUCUCUUGGUGCCCGUGCAGAGGGUGCUGCUGCCCCCGGACUACUCAGAGGACGGGACCCGAGGAGACCUGGCGUUGCUGCAGCUUCGCCGCCUAGUGCCCUUGAGCACAUGAGUCCAGCCCAUCUGCCUGCCUGAGCCUGGGCGUUGCCCACCACCAGGCACACCAUGCUGGGUCACUGGCUAGGGCAGCCUCCACUCAGGAGUGCCACUCCCAGAGUGGCGACCUCUGCAGGGAGUACGGGUGCCACUGCUGGGUACUCACACCUGUGACCUCCUCUACUACAUGGGCACCAACAUUCCUCGUGCCAAGCACAUAGUGCUGCCAGGGAACCUGUGCACCGGCUAUGUCGAGGGCCAGAAGGAUGCCUGCCAGCGUGACUCUGGAGGACCCCUGACCUGUAUGAGGUCUGGGCGUUGGGUCCUAGUGGGUGUGGUGAGCUGGGGCAAGGGCUGUGCCCUGCCCAACCGUCCAGGUGUCUAUACCAAUAUGGCUACUUACAGCCCUUGGAUUCAGGCUCGCCUCAGCCUCUGAUGCAGUGACACUGACCUGAAGCCAGACUCUGGAGUCCCUCAGCUGCCUGGUCUGUGUGGGGAUCUACGCAUCCCCCCACCCUGCCCCUUCUGACUUAGGGCUUAGAGGCCUAAUAAAGUUAAGGGGCCAUCCACCCACCCAUUCAUCUGUCUAUCCCCUGCCUCCUCCUUGGGGCUCACCAAACCCAAGCUGCCAACCCUCCUCCAGGAGCCUCCCGAGUGUCCCAGGGUCUCACACUCCCUCCCUUCCCUUCCUGCUCAUAUUUAACCCCCUGAGCUCCAGUCAGACAGGCAAGUGAGUCAGUGCUAGGUCUGGUCUGUGUGCCCUUCUUUUCUGGAAGAAGUCAGAGAAACUCAAAUAUGAGAGGAAUUCAACACCAAGGAAAUGACUGUCCAUUGCUAGCUUUGAAGAUGGAGGGGCCACGUGGCAAGGAGCUGAUGAAAGCCCCUGGCUGACAGCCAGCAGGGAAAGGGACGCCUCAGCACUACUACUGCAAAGAACCGAAUUUGGCCAAUAACCAGAACAAGCUUGGAAGCCAACUCUACUCCCAGCCUCCAGAUGAGAACCCUGACAGGCCAAGCCCUUGAUUUCAGCCCGGUGAGAUCCUAAGCA